GAGAGAGAAAGACAGAGAGAGAGAGAGAGAGAGAGGGCGGAGACGGACAGUGCGCCCGGGACAGCAGCACACCGGCCGGAUCCGGGAGUCGCGAGUCGCGAGCAUGGAGAUCCGUCCAGAUCGCUUCAAGGCUGUGGCAGCUAAAACCUUAGGGAAGGUGCACAGAAUCCUAGAAAAGCGUCAGGAGAAUGGAGAGACCAUCGAGCUGUCGGCGGAGGGCAGGCCAGAGCUGGUGGAGGAGAAGGAGCUACCCGUCGUGGAUUGCACAUGCUUCGGCCUGCCGCGCCGGUACAUCAUCGCUAUCCUCUCUGGCCUGGGGUUCUGCAUCUCUUUCGGCAUCCGUUGCAACCUGGGUGUGGCCAUCGUCAGUAUGGUCAAUGAGCACACUGUUUUUAAAGGAAAGAAGCACAUCAUAGAGGCUGCUCAAUUUACAUGGGAUCCAGAGACGGUGGGGAUGAUCCAUGGCUCAUUUUUUUGGGGUUACAUUGUCACACAGAUCCCCGGAGGAUUCAUCUGUCAGAAAUUUGCUGCCAACAGAGUGUUUGGCUUUGCGAUUGUGGCCACGUCCAUCCUGAACAUGCUGAUACCGGCUGCGGCACGAGUCCACUAUGGAUGUGUCAUUAUGAUCAGGAUAUGCCAGGGUCUUGUGGAGGGCGUGUCAUAUCCUGCAUGCCACGGGAUCUGGGCCAAAUGGGCUCCGCCUCUUGAGAGAAGCCGAUUGGCUACGACAGCUUUCUGUGGGUCGUAUGCUGGAGCUGUGGUGGCCAUGCCUUUAGCUGGAGUGUUAGUGCAGUAUACUGGAUGGUAUUCUGUGUUUUAUGUAUACGGUAGUUUUGGGAUAUUAUGGUACCUCUUCUGGAUCUUGGUGUCCUAUGAGAGUCCAGCUGUCCACCCUACCAUCACCCCAGAGGAAAGGAAAUACAUUGAGGAUGCAAUCGGCGAAUCAGCAGGACUAGUCAAUCCCCUUCAGAAAUUUAAGACACCCUGGCGUCAUUUCUUCACUUCAAUGCCGGUGUAUGCCAUCAUCGUGGCUAACUUCUGCAGGAGCUGGACCUUCUACCUGCUUCUCAUCAGCCAGCCAGCGUACUUCGAGGAGGUGUUUGGCUUUGAGAUCAGCAAGGUGGGGUUGGUGUCUGCACUUCCUCACCUAGUGAUGACCAUCAUAGUGCCAGUGGGGGGGCAGCUGGCUGACUACCUGAGGUCACACAACCUAAUGAGCACUACAAAUGUCCGCAAACUCAUGAACUGUGGAGGAUUCGGAAUGGAGGCCACUCUGCUGUUGGUGGUGGGCUUCUCUCACACUAAAGGAGUGGCUAUAUCUUUCCUCGUAUUAGCUGUUGGCUUCAGCGGUUUUGCCAUCUCAGGCUUUAAUGUGAAUCAUCUGGACAUAGCUCCACGUUAUGCCAGCAUCCUGAUGGGCAUUUCUAAUGGAGUGGGCACUUUAUCUGGCAUGGUGUGCCCCUUAAUAGUGGGAGCCAUGACUAAACAUAAGACUCGUGAAGAGUGGCAGUAUGUCUUCCUUAUUGCAUCACUUGUGCACUAUGGGGGUGUGGUCUUCUAUGGUUUAUUUGCAUCGGGAGAGAAACAGCCUUGGGCAGAUGCUGAGGACACCAGCGAGGAGAAGUGUGGCAUCCUGGGAGAAGACGAGCUCGCCAAUGAGACAGAAGAACUUUACAGGACGGGUGGGCAGUAUGGCGCAAUAAACCAACCCAACCCUGCAGGGCCUAAUGGGGGCGAGGCUGGGGGUGGAGGGGGAUGGGUCUCAGAUUGGGACAAAACGGAAGAAUAUGUACAACCAGUAGGCAGAAAUAGUUAUCUUUAUGGAGGAGAGGCAGACAGGGAGUUUACAUAGUGGCCCGAAAUAUAUACCUAAAAGCAAGAAAGCAUUAAUAUAAAAGUGAAAAGUAUAAUGUCACACUGUCCACAGUAAAAUCUCAAGUGUAAAAUGAACUUAAAUUUAACACGGUAGAUUUUACUGUGAAUAGGCAAGGAAGCUGUGCUACUGCGAUGAGUGAAUGAGUAUGACUGUGUGUACGUGAAUGAGAAUUGUUGAAAAGUUGUGUCAAACUGAGAGAUGCUGUGCAGAUAUAUGAGUGACUUACAGUGCUUGUGUGUGAGUUCGUCAGUGUGAACAAUGAUGGUGCUGUGUUUUAACUUCAGUGUUUUAGGCUUUCUGCCAAAAUCGCUGUAAUGCACUUAAUAUGAAGAUGAAUAUCGGAUACGGAAUGCAUACAUGUGUAAAGUACUGUGUAACAAUCAGAGACCACCCUUCAUUUAUUUCAUUCUCUAUCAAAAUUGAUCCAAAUGUAUCUAUUUUCCAUGUGAUAUUUCUGAGGAGAUUAGAUAUAAGAACAUAAACAAGAGGAAGUUCGAAUGUCCUUCCACUGUGAGAAGACAACUCAGUGUUGUACGUCUGAAAGGAUGUGUAGCUGUGAAGAAGCUUUUACUUAGAAAAGAAAAUUUACAAAACAAACAAAGAGGCUGCUGGUGUUCUCAGAAUUGGACUGGCCACCCCAGAUUUCAGACCUCAACAUCACUUAAUGUUUUUGGGAUUACUUGUAAUGUGAGAAGCAGAAAAUGCAACUUCUAAGGCUGAGCUUUGGAGACGUGGAAAAAUAUUAAUGUUAAUAUAGAUUUCUUUGAAAAACUGAAAGCAAGUUUCCCAAAAACAAUGAAGGCUGAAAAUGUAUAUUUAAUUGUUGAGGCAUCUGUUAAAUUUUCUCUUAAAUAUAUGUUAGAAAAAAAUAAAUAAACGAAAGGUGGUCUUUCACAUUUGCACAGUACUGCAUGCGUGUGCGUGUGUGUGUGUGUGUGUGUGUGUGUUUGUUUUCUUUCCUGUGCACAGUUCUUUGUGUUUCCAUACUUUAUAUGAUAAAUGGGUGUUCAUGGUAUCAGACGGGUGAAUGUGUAACCUACAUGAUCAAAACUAAAUGUGCUAAUAUUGUGUGUGUGUGUGUGUGUGUGUGUGUGUGUGUGUGUGUGUGUGUGUGUGUGUGUGUGUGUGUGUGUGUGUGUGUGUGUGUGUUUCUUUGCUGUGCACAGUUCCUUGACUUUCCAUACUGUAUAUGGUAAAUGAGUGUUCAUGGUAUCAGAUGGGUGAAUGUGUAACCUACAUGAUCAAAACUGGACAUGCUAAUAUUAUGUGUGUGUAUGUAUGUAUGUGUGUGUGUGUGUGUGUGUUUCUUUGCUGUGCACAGUUCUUUGUGUUUCCAUGCUUUAUAUGGUAAAUGGGUGUUCAUCAGAUGGGUGAAUGUGUAGCCUACAUGAUCAAAACUAAAUGUGCUAAUAUCGCGUGUGUGUGUGUGUGUGUGUGUGUGUGUCUGUUUGUGUGUGUGUGUGUGUGUGUGUGUGUGUGUGUGUGUGUGUGUGAAUUAUGCAAUAACUGAAGUUUUGGAAAAAGACAAAGCCUGAAAUUCUCUCCAUCCAGUAAAUAUAUUCUCACUCAUGACUACUAUUCUCCAUAAUGAGUUUAUGCAUCCCACUACCAUCUGUCCCUGUUCUCACUUCAGGAUCUUCAGCCAGGGCAGUCCAGCCUUCUAAGCACAAUGUUCUUUAACACAAAGUUAACACGUUUUUUAGCACAAAGCUAAACAACACUAGUCUAGUUCUCUGAACUCAUUCCUCUUCUACAACUUUGCAGUCACUCUUCAAAACCAUUUUUGGCAAUUAAAAAGCAUAGCGUUCUGUUGCUAUUGUAAGAAAACCUUGAAUCGCCAAAGCCUAUAUCAUGAAAAGAGUUUUUUGACUUCAGUGAUUUCAAUAACAUGAAGCCAGUUUAUUGUGGAUACAUGUAUAAAAUGAUUCUAUUAUGAUGCUACUACUCCAGCUAGUACACAGCUCCACAGAUCUCAACUAAUUACUAGGAAUCUGUAAAUAAUGCAGAAAUUGUAGAGUCCAGAAUGCUAAACAACUGUAGAUGAUUUAACUAAGAAAGCUUUAUAACAUCCAGAAUGACAAUCUAAUAAAAUUCAAAUCUAGAAUGCCUUGUAUUGGAGUGAUUGUACAGAUAACAUUUAAAGAACCUCUAUCACGGAAAACUGAAACAGUGUUAAAUUCCCAAACAUGCAUUUCACUCCCCAGGUCAUACAGUCCACAUAUGGAAACUAAGCUGCAAAAAACAGCCUUUUUUUUAUUGAUGUCAUAAAAAUCAAGACAUUUCCAUAUAUCUUCCUAUUCAGCCCACAGAGGUUUAGCUCCACCCACUCACUCUGAAGUAAGGAGUCUUUUGACUGCCAAGGUAGAAUACAGGGCUGCCAAUCAGAACAUAGCUCAUUUACAUAUAUCAGUCUUAAAGGCAGAAAAACAAUAACAGCCUGUUUAACUCUAAGGGAUAAGGAGAGAGUGGAAAAUGGCCAUGUAAAAAUGUAUUAAGCAUUUGUGGAACAUAAAGCCCAACUAAUGUCACAAAAUGGAGCUUUGCGUAAAAAAACUGUAUACUAGAAAGACAUGGGAAAUGGCCCCUUAAGACCUGUUGAAAUAGCAUAGCUGAUGGUAUAUUUGUUUUCCUAUAAUUUUGGACCAAAAUUGGUCCACAAUUGAUAAAAUGUUCAAAUGAUGUGAAAAUGAAGUGCAAAAACUGUGAAGCAAUGAUGUGUAACUGCUAAGAUGUAUCUUCUUCAAGCACAAAAUGAUGAUACAUUUAAUCUAUUUAGAUUUUCUGAUGUCCUCACUUUAACAUUCACGCCUUGUUUAGAGAGAGUUGAUUCAGGGUUCAGUUUGAGAAGAAGAACCCCACCAGAACUGCAAAUGAAGGCAUUCUGGCCCCUUCAAUUUGAUGUUGUUUCUACUUUUUGUUGUUUUGUUUGUUUGUUUCUGUGCUCCUCUCUGAAAAAAAAAUCAUAAUGUCAUCUGAAGAAUAUGUAAAAAUAAUAGUUAAUCCUUUUUUUUUCUUUUUUGGAAAAAAGAAUGAAAUAUGUGGAUGAACUGUAUAUGUGAGAUUUCCCUGUAAACAUAAAACUGAUGAAACAUUAA